GAAGCAGUUCAACUGUGGAAGUCUGAAACGAAGCUUCUCUCUCUUCCGUGGUUUCUUUGACUUCAAAAAAAUGGCCGGUCAUGGCAAGAUCUUUUCUCUGAAAUUGCAUACUUUGAUCUUUGACUUUCGUCUCAUAUAAAAAAGGGCAAUACUUUCGUCUUGUUUAGUAUUCAGAUUCCGUGCUCUCUAUGCUCAAUUGCUCCUAUUGUUCCUUUGGUUGUUCAUUUCCAAUAACUUCAUAUCCCCACUGAUCAGGCUACAAUGCGUGCACCAUCACUGCUUGCACAAUGCUUGCCUGGGUUGGUACCCCAUGAGCGGGGAAGUCAGAGCAUUUCCACCAUUUCUGAAAGAGAGAUGCAUCUCGUUUCACCAGCUGUUGAGAUUAUCCCAUCGAAGACAGCUAACCCUUAUAAGUAUGCUGGAGAGAAUGUAGAUAUGCAAGGACUCAAUGUGUUCAAGGGAAGAGUUAGUGUUUCUGAUAUAAUUGGGUUUACUGGUUCAGAAAUGAUUUCUUCAAAAGCUGAUGGAUCUCUUAAAUCUUGGGACAGCUCAAUUGAUCUUGUUAAUAUCCUUAAGCAUGAAAUUCGUGAUGACCAGUUGAGCUUUAGAGGCAGAAGGGUACUCGAGCUCAGUUGCAGGUAUGGACUUGCUGGGAUUUUUGCUUGCCUUAAGGGAGCUUCUACAGUUCAUUUUCAAGAACUCAAUGCAGAAACCAUAAGAUGCACAACUAUCCCUAAUGUCCUAGCUAAUCUUGAGCAAGCUCGGGACAGGCAAAGCCGACAGCCAGAGAGUCCCCUGACUCCAUCCAGGCAAAUUCUGGCCCCAGCAGUGCAUUUUUAUGCUGGGGAUUGGGAAGAGCUCCCCACUGUCUUAUCUGUUGUGAGAAAUGAUGGAUUUGAAGUGCCAAUAGGGCCGAGCUUCUUUGAGGAUGAUUUUAUGGAUGGGUGUUGUAGUCAAGAUGGCAGCAUUGCAGGCCAUGAGUCUUUCUCGAGGAGAUCAAGGAAGCUUUCAGGAAGCCGGGCAUGGGAUAGGGUGGGUGAAACAGACCAAGGAGAAGGUGGGUAUGAUGUUAUUCUGAUGACGGAGAUCCCAUACUCAAUGACCUCUUUGAAGAAACUAUAUGCACUCAUAAAAAAGUGCCUGAGGCCUCCAUAUGGAGUACUAUUCUUGGCCACAAAAAAGAACUAUGUUGGCUUCAACAGCGCAGCUCGCCACCUAAGAAGUCUGGUAGAUGAAGAUGGCAUUUUUGGAGCCCAUUUACUCAAAGAAAUGACCGAUAGAGAGAUAUGGAAGUUCUUUUUCCGAUGAACAUACAGAAAACAACUGUAAGAUAUACUAUAAUUUAGGUCUCAUUUAUUCAACAUUAACCCUUUUGUACAAUGUCACAUGUCACAUGUCUUUAUUACUUUUUUCCAGUUAGUAUGAAGAGUCAAUUGAAAAGAAUAGUUGGCGGGCUUCUAUUUGUCCUGCCAAUCCUUGUGUAUUCUUUUUUCCUUUUUCAAGAUUGUUCUAUGUUAAGUUGCAAAAAUCGAAAGAUUUAGCGACUCCUAAAUUUAUAUUAUGAUUAAAACUUUUAUACGUA